CCCAAAUUGACCCAACUCGCGUUCAUAGCAAUCAUGGCCCGCUUCCGCACUAUUCAACGCAAGAAAUGCGCUCGGUCUAUCGCCUCUGAGGACCCCUGGAAAGUCGAUACGCCGUUUGGCCCGCCUCGGAUCUCGCACCUUCACGUCCCGGGCGGUAUACGAAGGAUCCAGAACACCUUCGCCAAGCUGACACCUGCUGCACGCGCCGAACGGGAGCUUUUACGGCAGAAGAAUAUGUGCAAGGUCCCCCUGACCGAGCGGAAUAUGGAUACCUUUGUCACGCGGCAGGAAUUUGCAGAGGCUUGUUAUCCGAAUCGACAUAGUAAUGAGGUGCAGGUCGUUGCUUGGCUGGAGCGGCUGUAUUGACGGAUCUGAUGGGGGAGAUCUCUGCUUGGCUGCAUCGUGGUCGUCGUUCCGCUGCGGCGUACACUUGCCGGCCGGCAUCUUGGGCUGUGAUCGAAGUUCGAAUGAUCAAUCGUCCCGCUUGACAUCAUUGUACAGUUUCGGUCUGAUCAACCUGCAUUUGUUGUCGGCUCUUCUGCAUUCCUAGCAUCGGUUCUCGGGUUUGUGUCAUGGCCUCUGAAUGGCAACGGUCUGUACGUCAUCCGCUUGCGAAUACUCCUUGGCGUGAAUGCUUCGUCUAUUGGGUUGGCGCCUGCCAAGCAUGCAAGUCAAGGACCCCUGCAGACGCGAACGACGACCAAUUCAGAGUCAGCAGAUGAGUGUUUUUCCGCGAGUAUAAACCUCG